CCCUGAGGCGACGGUGGCCCUGGGCUGUCUUCGAAUUGAGCUUCACUUGGAUCGCCUCCCGAGAGGCCAGAGAGCCAAAGGGCGCCAUGGGCCGCUACCGGGUCCGCGUGGUCACUGGAGCCUGGCUCUUCUCGGGAUCCCUCAACCAAGUGCGGCUGUGGCUGGUUGGGGCGCAUGGGGAGGCGAAACUGGAGCUGCAGUUAAGGCCGGCGCGGGGCAAGGAGGAGGAAUUUGACUUUGAUAUUCCCGAGGACUUGGGACCACUGCAGUUUGUGAAACUGCACAAACAGCACUGGGUGGUGGACGACGCCUGGUUCUGCAAUCUCAUCACGGUCCAGGGGCCCUCAACAAGUGCAGAGGCAGUGUUCCCCUGCUACCACUGGCUGCAGGGGGAGGGAGUACUGAGCCUGCCGGAGGGGACAGCCCGCCUGGCAGGAGGCAAUGACUUGGAUGUCUUCCAGAAGCAUCGAGAAAAGGAACUGAAGGAAAGACAACAGACUUACCGCUGGGCCACCUGGAAGGAAGGCUUACCUCAGACAAUAGCAGCAGACUGUAAGGAUGACCUACCUGUGAAUAUGAGAUUCCAUGAGGAGAAGAGGCUGGACUUUGAGUGGACGCUGAGGGCGGGGGUUCUGGAAAUGCGUCUCAAACGUGUUUACACCCUCCUGAGAACCUGGAACCGUCUGGAAGACUUUGAUCAGAUCUUCUGGGGCCAGAAGAGUGCCUUGGCUGAGAAGGUUCACCGCUGCUGGAAGGAUGAUGAGCUUUUCGGCUACCAGUUCCUCAAUGGUGCCAACCCCAUGCUGUUAAGACGCUGCACCUCUCUGCCCUCCAGGCUGGUACUGCCCUCUGGGACAGAGGAGCUCCAAGCCCAGUUGGACAGAGAACUCCAGAAUGGUUCCCUGUUUGAAGCUGACUUUACCCUGCUGGAUGGAAUUCCAGCCAAUGUGAUCCGAGGAGAGCAGCAGUACCUGGCUGCCCCUCUUGUCAUGCUGAGGUUGGACCCCAAUGGGAAGCUGCUACCCAUGGUUAUCCAGAUUCAGCCUCCCAGUCCCAGCUCCCCAGCUCCAACACUGUUCCUGCCCUCAGAUCCUCCACUUGCCUGGCUCUUGGCUAAGAUCUGGGUGCGAAGUUCAGAUUUCCAACUGCACGAGCUCCAGUUCCAUUUGCUGAACACUCAUCUGGUGGCUGAGGUCAUCGCUGUUGCCACCAUGAGGUGCCUCCCAGGACUGCACCCUAUCUUCAAGUUCAUAGUUCCCCACAUUCGCUACACUAUGGAAAUCAACACACGAAGCCGGACCCAGCUCAUCUCAGAUGGGGGAAUAUUUGAUCAGGUAGUGAGCACAGGUGGAGGGGGCCAUGUUCAGCUGCUCACUCGGGCACUGGCACAGCUGACCUACUGCUCCCUCUGUCCCCCUGAUGACCUGGCUAACAGAGGCCUGCUGAAAAUCCCAAGUGCCCUCUAUGCUCAGGACGCUUUACGGCUCUGGGAAGUCACUUCCAGGUAUGUGGAGGGGAUGGUUCACCUCUUCUACCAAAGUGAUGAUAUUGUGAGGGGAGACACAGAGCUGCAGGCCUGGUGUUGGGAGAUCACUGAGGUGGGACUGUGCCAUGCCCAGGACAGAGGUUUCCCUGUGUCCUUCCAGAGCCGUGAUCAACUCUGCCAUUUCCUUACCAUGUGUGUCUUCACGUGCACUUCCCAGCAUGCGGCCAUCAACCAGGGCCAGCUGGACUGGUACGGUUGGGUACCUAAUGCUCCAUGCACAAUGAGGAUGCCCCCACCCACCAACAAGGAGGACGUGACAAUGGAGAUGGUGAUGGGGUCGCUACCGGAUAUUCAGAAGUCCUGUCUUCAAAUGACCAUCGCAUGGCAUCUAAGUCGCCCCCAGUCGGACAUGGUACCUCUAGGACAACACAAAGAAAAGUAUUUCUCAGACCCCAGGACCAAAACUGUGCUGAGCCGAUUUCAAUCAGAUUUGGAAAAUCUGGAAAGAGAGAUUACAGCCCGGAAUGAGCAACUUGACCUGCCGUAUGAAUACCUCAAGCCCAGCCGCAUAGAGAACAGCAUCACCAUCUGAGCCCCAGGUGCCUGCACCCAGGAGAAUCCCAGGAGCUCUAGGGCUGUCACUGCCCUCGAGUCCCUGCCUCCUUACGUCUGCUGCUAAGACUCAAACUCCUCUCCCGACUAAACCCUCCACAGGGCACUAACUGUUCUGCUGUACCAUUAAAACAACCACCGACAUUAUGAGUGUGACUAUGUUACAAUAAAACUUUAUGUGUGGACACUGA